AAAUACUACAGUUGCACCAGCCGGAAUAUCAUGUCAAUUUAUUUAGCGGAAAACGUGUAAAAAACAAAAUAUUAUACAAAAAAAAUGUAGUACAUCCAGUGAAAUAGCUAUUAAAGAACUUCAAACCAAUUCCACAAUUAAGCUUCCUCACAGUUAUCAGCUAUUAUGUUUAAACAUUUAACAGACGGGUAUAAUGGAGUUCAUGAAAACCGGAAACUGCACUUGUAUUGUUGCGAUCCAGCUGACAUUGUGAUGGAUCCCAUAGAAGGCCCUGUUUCCAUUGAAAGGGAAGAUGAUGAAUCCCUAGAAGAGCUGAACUCCCCAGAAGUUUUUGACUGCCCCAUCUGUCAAGAGGUCUUCAAAACACCUAUUCGAACACAAACCUGCAAACAUGUGUUUUGUAAAAACUGUUUUGUGGCUGCAGUAAGGACUCAAGGGCCACACUGCCCAAUGUGCCGAGGACCGGUGAGAGAAAAUGAGAGAAGAGCGACUGAUAUACAUCGUCAAAUGAAGGAAAAACAAGGGAAAUGCCGGGCAUGCAGCACUGUGAUUUUCUUCAGUAAAAUGAGAUCUCACUAUAAAUACUGCACACUGUAUAAAGAAGAAUAUGGCACCCCUCCAUCAACUCCUGUGGUGCCCAGAGCACAGGCAAUAUAUGCAGGGAUAACACAAGCCACAACCGCAGAUGGGUUUCAAAGUGAAAACAGUGCCCAACCUCAGGCCCCAGAAAAUGGAAGCCUGGAAACCACAUUUGUGUGUCCCUACUGUCAUCAGAGUGGAUUUACUGAUAUGGCUCUCGUGCAGCAUUGCAACUACAACCACUGUGGAGACCUUACACAUGUGGUCUGUCCUAUCUGUGUUGCAAUGCCCUAUGGAAAUCCAAGUUACUUCAGCAGAAAUUUCAUGAGCCAUUUACACCAAAGGCACAGAAUCAGCUAUGGUCAUUAUAUGAACAUUCACCAAGAUGAAGAUGUGCAGCUGCAAUCUGCUAUUCACUUGUCAAUUGAAGAAUGGAAUGCCAGCUUUCACUGGAUAACACGCUGAACUACAACACUGGAAAUGUUAGCCUCCAUAGGUUAAAUUCACCUGGAACCUCUUGAUUAAGAAGCAAUCAUUUAUAUAUAUAUAUAUAUAUAUAUAUAUAUACACACUGUGUAGCAAAUUGGAGUAAAAGUAAAAAUGUGAAAAUCACCUCUGCGUCUUAUUCAAAUUGUGGUUACUUGAUGUGUCAUGAAUUCGUUAGAACUAUAUAACUGAGGAGUUCUGAUUUUAGGGUUAAACCCAAUAAAGCCCAAUUGAUAUUCUCCAAAAUGGCUCUCGAGUGGCUCAUCCAGUUGAAGUGCUGCAUGGAGCACAGGAUGAGUCACACAGCUUGGACGGCGCCAGUUCGCGUCCGGGCUGUGCAAAGAGACCAAACUUUUCUGGGGACCCCAGAGGGGGGCGUCACAUUGGCUCUGACACUCCUGGGGUGGGGGAUGGAAAACUGGCAGGGAUUGUUUCUCCUCAUCGCUCAACAGUGAACCCUACUGGCAGACACCAAGCAGAUUCAGAGAUGAUAAGAGACAGGGCUGAUCUCUGUUCUUCGGGAUUGGUAGCCCACCCACCUGUGCUCUGGAUUGCUCGACGUCAAAGUGAUUCUGGCUUUAGGCUUGCGAGACCGGAGGACUCUCACAUGCCCUCAGAAAGUUUACACUCUGUGGUGACUUACAAUGAGGAGAAAAAACAUAAUUGGACAUUCCAAUUUGGGAGAAAAUACAAACAAAUAAUAAAUGAUCACUCUAAAUUAAAAAAAAGAUAGUAAUAAAAAUAGUAAUUUUUCAAAUUUGUCUUUAACAAACUAUCCCCUGAAAAUGAUGAAAGUUUUUAACCUGACACAUCCAUUCAGCAAUGGUGUGUCGCUAUCACAGAGCAGUAAUUGGCCUAACCAGUGUUUAAAGUAAAGAUACACUAAAUGUGUGUAUUAAAUGGAAGUAUAUUAACAGUUAAGGUUUCUGAUGCUGUCUUUGCUAAGGCAAGAGUAGAAGGAACCUGAUUUGUUCUUAUUCUGUCUAAGUCUAAGUUAGGUUUUAAGGCCUGAUUAAAACAUUUUUAAAAUUCAAACUUCAACCAGAUUUUAAAACUCAAAAGCAAAAUGCAAAUAAAAAAAACAACUGCAAAUCAGAAACCUUAUAAAUACACUGGUGGUAGUGUGCAACUUUUCACCAAAAUAAUGAGAAAGCAAGAGUAGCUCACUAACUUUGCAAGGGGCAUGACAUUGGCUGUUUCCACUUUAACAAUGUGUCAAGGGCUACACAUUGUGGUCUUAGCAGGUCACACGCAUUAUUUGGCCAGUCAGAGAAGCUGCAUAUCCCAUUUUCCCAUUUGUCGUAUUUCUCACCCUCUUAUACCUUUGUAUAUUUGCCAUCAUUAUUAAUGUUUCUCAGUUAUAUUGUGAUGGAAUUAAUGAAAACGUUUUUUUGGCUGUCCUGCACCUAAGGUUUCCAUCUUAGAUGCAGGAAUAUAUUGCUUCAUCAUGUGUCUUGGCUUCCUAGUGUGAUAUAGUAAUCUUUCAACUCUGUGGGCAAAUCAUAACUAUUUGCAAUGAAAACAUAAACAACAAGUGCAGUGUAAAAACAUAUUAAACAGGCAUGUGUAGGGGUUUAUCCUUUAUUGUAGUUUGAAAGAAAUGAUAAGUCAUGAAUUUUUAAUGCAGAUACAAACAGCAACAUUAUUAUAUAUUUAAUAGAACUAUUUUUGGAAAAGCAUAAUGAAAAAAAAUGUCAUUAUGCAGGGGUACAUUUUCAAUGUAAGAUUACCUUUCUGUAGAAACCUGAAAUUGUUCAUUGCAUUACGUAGUUUCUGUAUACAAUAAAAAACCAGUUAUCUGAAGUCUUAUUUUAUUUGGAUAAAUGCUGGAUAAUUAGGUUUUGGAUAACCAAGAGUCAUCUGUAUAUAAAUAUCAUACAGUAUUUCUAGCUUUUUUGAAAUCAUUGUAUAUGUAUAUUCAGUACAAACAUGUUUUUUUUUUUGUUUGUUUUUUGUAGUUGGAAGUAUGCCCUUUGCUGUUUGGAAGCAGAAUAGGACAAAAAAAAAAACAUUCUGUCAUUAAAUAUUAAUAAUAUUGAAUGCUUACUACAAUGUGUACUAUAAA